UUCCUUCUCCGCUGGAUCGGAUUCAGAUCGGCACCCACCACCACCACCUUCCUUCCUUCUUCUCUCUUUCUCAGUCUCAGAUCAGAAUUAUCAGAUCCCGAGGGAGGGAGGAAGGGAGGCCAUGGCCACCGCCUUUGACUCCCCGACCGCCUCGCCCGCCGCCUCUCCCUUCGACGACGACUCCUUCCUCCGCUUCGACGCCGCCGCGCCCGCUCCCGCGCCAGCGGACGCCUUCCCGCCAUCACCGGAGCCCUACGCCUUCCGCCCCGACGCGCCCUCCCCCUUCGGUAUGCCCGAGGCCAACGGCUCCCUCCACGACGACCCCUUCGCCGCCCCCGACAACGACAACGGACCCGUGCUCCCUCCGCCCAACCAGAUGGGCGCUGACGAGGGCUUCCUGCUGCGCGAGUGGCGCCGUCAAAAUGCAAUCCUUCUGGAGGAAAAGGAGAAGAAGGAAAAGGAGAUGAGGAAUCAAAUCAUCCUUGAUGCCAAAGAAUUCAAGAAGGCAUUUGUUGAGAAGCGAAAGCUGAACGUUGAGACAAGCAAGGAUCAAAACCGAGAAAGGGAGAAGCUUUACCUGGCCAAUCAGGAGAAGUUCCAUGCUGGCGCAGACAAGCAGUACUGGAAGGCGAUAUCAGAACUGAUCCCACAUGAGAUUGCAAACAUUGAGAAGAGAGGAGCAAAGAAAGACAAGGAUAAGGAGAAAAAGCCUGGGAUUGUUGUGAUCCAGGGCCCAAAGCCUGGGAAGCCCACUGACAUGUCACGGAUGCGUCAGAUAUUGCUGAAGCUGAAGCACACUCCCCCUCCACAUAUGAAGCCACCUCCCCCUCCCGCUGCAGCCACCGGUAAGGAUGGUGCUGCAGGAAAGGAUGGAGCCAAGGUAGCUGCGGCAGCUAGCAAGGACGCCUCUGCCAAUGGCAGUGUUCCAGAGAUGGAGAAGGCCGCUGCUGCAGCAGCACCUGCAGCAGCAGCAACUGAACCCAUUGCUGCUGCCUGAGUGAUAACGGCUUGGCUCAGCUGCUAAUGGUUUCCUGUAGGACACAGAGGAGAAGGCAGAGUGUCUGGCACGGAUGUGCGCCACGUAUGGUGUAGCGUUGUUUUUGUUAAGAAAGUGUUGUGUUGUGUUGGGACCUUGAUUCGUUGCUACAUAUAUUGUUAUUGCAUUUUGUAGAGAAAAGAUGAGAGGGGAUAUAUCCUGGCAAUAAUAAGUUAAAUCUGUUGUAUUAGGAUGUGCGUGAUUGUGUGAUGUUGUGACGGUGGUUGUACUAUUUUCCAGGUUGUCGGAUUUUGGUAAACUCAACUGUGUAUUUUAUUUGCAUAUAUUAUUAUUAUUAUUAUUAUUAUUAUUAUUAU